UGAGUUGCUCAGUGCUGAGCUCUCUUCUCUUUCUCUUGAACUAGAAGAAUUCUUUCUUCUCUGUGAGAAAAAGUUCUUUUGAAUGAACCCUCCCCUCUUUUUUAAUUUGUGGUUGUUACAAAGACAGUAACUGUUCUCACAAGCCGUUCCACAGUCACAAGUUUGGAUGUACAUAGUGGCUGCAAAAGGAUUCAGAGGGAAAGGAAGCACAAGUACAACCUGCACUAGAAAAUAUCUCCAUAUUUGUGCAGUAGGAUUGGAAGAACGAGGAACCUCCAUGCUUCACAGCUGAAGGAAUUCUUUGAAUGAAGAGAGAGGAAGGAAACAAAGCUGGUGGUCCCAGUAGCUUCUGUCUGUGCCAGCUGUUUUGCUGUUAGAUGGAACUAGAUAAAUGGGUCUCUUCUGACACGUGAAAAUGUAAUUUUCUUUUUGCUAUGUCCUGAUGAAUUCUGCAGGUUUUUCCCCUGUUGGGGGUUAGGUGUCCUUUUUUUGUUGUUCUGGCCUGCCCGUGGAAUUUUUACCCAUUCGCUGUUGGGACAACCUAACUGUGGGUACUCAGUAGGUGCUCGACAAAGAACCAAGAGUGGCCGGGCCCAGGGGGGAAGGGGGCAGGAAAGGAGGGUGGGGACAGUUCGGCAGGCUUUCUUCGGCUUCGGGGAAAGACAUUCCUUUUUUUUGAGGCGCGGAGCUGCUGCGGUAAAGAGGAGGGAAUUUCGCCAUCACCCAGACGGAGGUGCUGCUUCUUCUCCUUCUCCCCUCUUUGUUGGUGGCCUCAUACCCCCUGUCCUGCCGGGACGUGUGGCAGUGCCAGGCACCGCCGCGGAGCUGCUGUUCCACCUCAUCCACCGGCCCAGGAUCUCAGCUCAUCCCUGCUGUUCCAGCUGAGUGUUCCUCAGAGCCCUGCAGGAGCACCGGGACUGCCCGCCCAAGGGUUAGAACAAACCUAGGCUGUCAGGCUACCAUCAUAAACUGCCACAUCAGCAAGGAUUGAACCUGGCCAGAGGAACUUCUGAUCAAGAAAUAAGCUUUUCUAGAGUCUUGAAAAGUCAGUAUGUUGGAUCAGAUUCAUUGGCUGGCUGCUGUGACAGUCCUGGGAGUCCUGGAGCAAGCCUACUUCUUCCUCCAGGUGAUCUAUGCUAGGAGGUUGUUUGGAGUUUCACCUCCAAAGAUCUCAGGCCCUCCUGAAUUUGAAAGGAUCUCUCGAGCACAAGUGAACUCCUCUGAGUAUUUUCCCAUCUUCCUGGCACUUCUGUGGCAGGCUGGACUCUUCUUCCAUCAAGGUCUGGCUGCAGCCUUGGGUCUGCUCUAUCUCUAUGCCCGCUACUGCUACUUUAUGGGAUACAAGGCAUCAUCCUCAGAAAGUGUCAGCCCUGGGUAUCCUGCAUUUCUUCCUCUCUCACUAUGUGGGGCUGAAUGUCCUCCAGCGUCUGAGAGCAUGAUCCAUCCUCUGUGUUUCAUCACUGUCUUCAUCUCCAAGCUCCCUCCUGCCUGCCUUAACAGACUGGCUGCAACUCAACAGCCCUCGAUGAGAAAUCCACCCUCACCUGAGCUUUUAACACCUCCUUCCUCACUGUCCAGCACUGCUGAGCUGUUUAGGAGACAUUUUUCACCCAUGACACUUUGUGUGCCAAGUGCUCCACAUCUGGCGGCUCCAGUGUGUCUGAUGGGGAAACAACAAUCCCAAACAAGGAUAUAUAAAAGAAAAAUUUCUCAGUCUGAGUUUCCCAGUGAGUUGUCAAAGGAAAGUGCCAUGUGUUCCCCAUUCUCAGCCCAGGCACAGAACACAGAUUCAUGCCAGUUUUCCAAGGCCCACACCUAAGAAAGACAUUUGUUUGGAACCAGAUGUGGGCUGACACAUAAUAAAAGAGGUGAGAUAUAAACUGGAGCAGCCACCAACAUGUUGUGCAAAAGUCUGUUGGUGCCCUCAUGCUGGUUAUCAGCCACUCCUGUAAAUCAGACUGUGCGAAUCCAUCACCACUUUGCAUGUGCCGCUUUGAACUUGGUCCAGUGACAACAGGCACAAAUAAAAGGUCACUGAA